GUUUAUAUUUUGAUUUUUGUGUGCUUGUAAAAUGGCAAAAUAAUGCAAGACACAAAAAUGUAAUAAUAAUUAAAAAUACAUCUAUUAAGUUACAUAAAAAUUAUUUAUUUAUUAAUAGUGAUUUGAAGUAUUUAUUAUUAAAAAUGUUGGAUGAUUAUGAACUUUUUAUCCAAUUGUGUGAAAAAGCUUCAUUGUCAGUGUCAUCUGAAAUAAUUGAUGCCAUUAAAGAGUCUGGGAAAACUGGACAACUACAAUUGGACAGUCAAUCAAUUUUCGUUCCAGUUUGUGAAAUUUUAUGUCGAGUACUUUCAUCAAGUACGUCAAUUAAAAUACUUGAUCUCAGUGAUUGUAUGCUUGUGCCAAAAGGUCUUUGUAAAAUACUUGAGGCACUUAUUAAUGGCUCAAAUAUAACAACUUUACAUCUCAAAGGUAACAACAUAAGUGGACCAACUGUUAAACUUUUAGGUGAUAUAUUUUAUCAAAAUAAUACACUUAAAAAAUUAUUCAUUGAAUGGAAUUCAAUUGGUGCUGAUACUCAAUCAUUCAGUAAAUUUUGCAAUGGUCUUGAAGCAAAUAAUAGCAUUGAAGAAUUAGAUUUACGUUACAAUCAAAUAUCACCACAAUGUGCUGAAUCAUUAGAAAUAUUAUUCAAGAAAAAUAAAACAUUAAAAAAUAUUAAUUUAUCAUGGAAUACAAUUGGUCUACAUGGAGGACAAUUAAUAUUAAAUGGAAUGAAAAAAAAUAAAAGUAUAUUAAAAUUAAAUUUACGUGGUAAUUGUAUACCUCAAGAUAUUAUUAAUAAUAUUAAUGAUAUUAUUUAUAAUAAUCAAAGUAAACUAUUUUUUUACAAACAAAAUAUUAAUAGUAUUAAACAAAAACAAAAUACAGCUUUAUUUAAUCAUAAUUUACAUAAUAAUGAUGAUGAUGAUACUAUUGAUGAUUGUAAAAAAAUAAAAAAUAAAAAUAUUAAUAAUUAUGAUGAUGAGAUAAAAGAAUCAUCAAUUAAUAUUAAAAUCAUUGAUAAUCAUCAAAAUAAUAAAUUAGAAAGUGAAAAUAUUAAUAAUGUUGAGCUUGAUAAAUUUAUUUCAAAUUCAUCAAGUAUUAAUAAUCAAAUAAAUGAUUUAAAUAAAAUUUUACAAGAAAAAUCAUUAAUUAUAAGUGCCUUAACAGCUGAUAAUACCCAAAAAAAUGAUGAAAUUAAAAAUUUAAAUAUUAAAAUUGAAGAAAUUAAGACUGAAUUAUUACAAGAAAAAUUAGAUAAUGAAAAAAUGACAAUUGAAAAGUUAAAUGAAAUAGCAUCAGUCAAAGAAAGCUAUAAAAAUAUUGAUGAUAAUUGGAGUGCUAAGUACAAAGAACUUGAAAAUAUUAAUAAGUUAAAUAAAACAAGUAUUAAAAAUUAUGAAAUUAAAGAAAAACAAUAUGAAAAUAAUUAUGAAAAAGCUUCAUUAGAAAUACUAGCAUUACGUGAAAAAUUAAUGAUUAAAUCACAAACACAUGAAGAUGUUGUUUUGCAUUAUAAAACUGAAAUGUAUAAGUUAAAAAGAGAAGUUAAAGAAAAUGAUAGUAAAUAUAAAAUUGAAUUAAAUAUAUUAAAAAAUGCACUUAAAGAAACAACCCAAGCAUUGGAAGAUUGUCAAGAUCAUUUACAAAAAAAUCGUGCUGAUAGCCGUUUGACAAAUGAAAAUUUAACAAAUGCAAAGCUAAAAAUAUCUGAGCUUGAACAUACAUUAAAAAAAUAUACAAAGCUAGAAGAUACACUGGAAAAAUUAAAAGAAGAUAAAUUAAAUGUUGAGGAAAAAUUAAUUGAUUCACAAAGAAAAUCAUCAAGUUUACAACGUCAAAUUGUCAUGUUAAAAAAUGAACUUGUUGAACCACAAAGAAAAUAUGAUGUUCUAAAAGAUGAGCUUAAUCAAGAACGACAAAAAAAUGAAAGAUUUAAAGAUGAAUUAUCUGAUAUACGUGGACGUUUAAAAGAAGAAAAUUCAGUAAAUCAAAAAUUAUCACAUGAAAUAACAGCAUUGAAUUUAAAAUUAAAUGAUAUUAAUAAUAAUUAUGCUGAUAAUAUUCGUGAAAUUGAACGUGAGAGAAAACAACUUAAAGAAUUAAUUGCCAACAGAGAAAAAGAACUCAAUGACUUUAAAAAUGAAGAAGCCAAACGUGCCAGUCAACUUUAUACAGCAUUUAGCAAGUAUCUUGGAGCAAUUGGAUUAAAUAAUAUUAUUCAAUAAAAAACCAAAAAACAAAAAAAAAAAAAUGUUAAAUUAUAUUUAACAUUUUGUAUUUUUUUAUACCAAAUAAUUAUUAUAAUUAUUAUCAAGUUAAAAUAUAUUAAUAUAUUUUGAUUUAUUCAUUUUAUAAUAUUAAUAAUAUAAAAAUUAAUUUAUGGUUAUAUACAUGAUAAAAAUAUUAAUUAACGAGUAGAAAAAUUCGUGGAAGAGAAUGAAUAAAAAAAAAUUAAUUUAAUGAUAAUCGAGGAGUGACUGGUAUAUAAUAUUAAACCAACUUUCAAAGUGCCUCAUACACAAAAAAAAAAGGGGUUCUUAAUGUCAAGCACUUUUAAAGCAAUUAUUUACGCUUGAAAUUCUUGUUAAAUAAUUUUCAUUAAUUUCCUCGUAUCAUUAAAUAACCACAAGUAUAUUUAUAUUAUUAUCCCUAAUUUUUGAUAAACUAUACUUGGAAAUUACAUGACAAUUUUCACUGUUUAUUUUGUACUUCCGUAUUUUAUAAAUGUCAAAGUUUUUUAAAUAAAAAUUAAACAAAUACCAAGAAAAUAUAAUGAAAUAUUAUUAAACAAUGUUAAUAUUUAAUUAAACAAACAAAUAAUAAAAACACCAAAAUUUAUUCGUAAUAAA